AUGCUUGUAGGACCUGCUCCGACGACUGAUGGCUCUGCAGAGAACACCCUGAACGAAAAACGCCUCGUCCACGGCAGUAUAGCGUUUUGGCUAGGACCGCGAGCGCCCCAGACAAAAACCCACCGCUGGACGGUCUACGUGCGUGGUGCGCGUGACCCGCUCGAGGAUCUCUCGCUCUACAUCCAAAAAGUGGAGUUCGUGCUGCACGAGUCCUUCGCGGACCCGGUGCGCGUGGUGAAGGAGCCACCGUUCUGCCUCACGGAACACGGCUGGGGUGAGUUUGAGGUUAUUAUACGGCUCUUUCCUAUUUCUGAUCCGGAUAAACCGGUGGAAAUGUAUCAUCCGCUUCGGCUUUUUCCAUCAGUGGGGCAGGAAUUAACUGAGAAACCCGUCGUGAGUGAGCAUCUCGAUGUGCUCGUUUUCUCACAGCCAGCGCCUGAAGUCGAACGCGCACUCCACCGCUCUGAUGUAGCGCGGAUGCCGUCGGAUUGUUGGGGUGAUCUUAUGCCGCUCUUUGGUGGUGACCUGCAUCAGGUCGAGGAAGAGGAUCUGCGAAAAGUCCAGCAGGCCCGCGAACGCGUUCGACAACAAAUCCAGGCGACAAGACUGCAGUACGAAGCUCUGACAGCGGAGCUGGCGCGUGCUCGAACACAUGCCCUGCAUAGAGAGCUGUCGUGA